GCUCAUUCGAAAUAACGAAAUUUUAUGCUACAGUUAUGUAUAGAGUGAUUCCUUCAUCUCUUGUACCCAUCAGAAUUUCGUUGAUUUUACAUGUAGAGCACAAGCUCUUACGAAUUUUAUCUAGUGGAACGAAAAAGUGAUAGCCAAUAGGAGGAAGAGGUUAAAGAAAAUUGAAGUUAGUCGUUUUUAAUCUUACACUGUGUGAGUUGUGUUGCGCCUUACACGAUGGGAAAGUGGAUAGUCCUUAAAAAUACAAAUCAACUAUAAAUUCCAUACACGUAUAUGCAGUGAGUGAGGGCGCGAUCAGUAUUUUCCUACAAUACGAUUCCAAAAUGUCAGACAUCGAUAAAUGGAUAGAAAUUGCAAAACAGUGCAAAUACCUUCCAGAACAUGAUCUUAAGAAACUUUGUGACAUAGUAUGUGACUUAUUACUAGAAGAAUCUAAUAUUCAACCAGUGUCCACUCCGGUCACCGUAUGCGGAGAUAUUCACGGCCAGUUUUAUGAUUUAGAAGAAUUAUUUCGAAAUGGAGGCUCUGUGCCUGAUACAAAUUAUAUAUUUCUGGGAGAUUUUGUAGAUAGAGGGUAUUAUAGUUUAGAAACAUUUACCCGCCUACUCACACUUAAAGCUAAAUGGUCUGAUAGAAUAACAUUGCUCCGUGGAAAUCAUGAAUCCAGGCAAAUUACUCACGUUUACGGUUUUUAUGAUGAAUGUCAAAACAAAUAUGGCAACUCUAACGCAUGGAAACAUUGUUGUAGGGUAUUCGACUUGCUCACAGUUGCUGCCUUAAUCGAUGAACAAGUACUUUGUGUACAUGGGGGAUUAUCUCCAUUUAUUAGAACAUUAGAUCAAAUUAGAACGAUCGACAGGAAUCAAGAAAUACCACAUAAAGGUGCUUUUUGUGAUUUGGUCUGGUCAGAUCCAGAAGAUGUAGAAUCAUGGACUAUUAGUCCACGUGGAGCUGGCUGGUUAUUUGGCAGUAAUGUAACAUACAAAUUUAUGGAAAUGAAUGAUCUUAAACUCAUUUGUAGGGCUCACCAAUUGGUUCAUGAGGGAUUUAGAUACAUGUUUAAUGAUAAACUUGUAACGGUGUGGUCAGCUCCAAAUUAUUGUUAUCGUUGUGGUAACAUAGCUAGUAUUUUACAGUUCACAACUGUCGAUCAAAGACGCCCUGUGCUAUUCGAAGCAGUCCCUGAUUCGGAAAGAGUAAUUCCAUCUAUAAUCCCUACACCAUACUUUCUGUGAUUGUACAUACUCUGUGGUCUAUUUGUUUGAAUGCAAGGAGGUGGUAUCUGCGUUUAGGCUUUACGGAAUUACAUGACUGUUUCUUCAUGUUGAUGGGCACAGGCUGGUACCAUGACAGAGCAUAAAAUUUUCCAAGUAACAUCAUAAGAUGAUAGAUCACCCGAAAUUUCAUUUAAAAGCAACAAAUUCUUUAUGUCUUUUAUAAAAGAAUCGCUUAAAAAUCAGUAGGAUUAAUAUGCGAUUGAAAAUGUUACUACCAAUUUUUUAAGAAAAUAUAUACCCAUCUUUGUAUGUUGGAAAGUUAACUUUUAUACGUAGCGCGCCUGACAUUGCAUCAGCCUGAUUUCUCUAGUUUGUACAGUGUUUUGCAUUGAAACAAAUGUGAACACUCUGUGGUCUAGACGCUUUUGCUGUCUACUGUGUACAUUCUGUAGAGCAUUCGCAUCUCAGAGUAUUGUGAAUGUAUCCUUCUGAGGAGCUCUGAGCUUUUAAGCAACUUACGAAUGUGAACAACAAGUGAUUCAUUAGAGUAUGAAUGAAUAAAUGGAAAAAAAAAACAUUUAAACAUUCCGGCAAAGGAGAGUCUCUGAGUAUAGUGAAUGCUUAAUUUGAUAUUACGAUCGUUGUGCGUAGAAUUCAGGUUUAUUAAAGCGUGAGCAUAUAUACUACUGUUAAGGUCUUCCUGAGUAUGUAAUUAAUCUGUUUCUGGUUUAGAUACUGUGUGUGCUGCGUGCAACUCUUUUUAUUCUAGAUGAGCAAUCAGUGUCCUUAGCAGCAUAAAUUCGGCGGUUCUGCCGAGGUACAAAUAGUAUGUAGCAGUAGCCAAAGUUUUCCUGCCUAGGUAAGGAAAUUCAGUAGAACAAUUGUAUUAUAUAAUAGAAGUUUUGUUAUUAUUUCUAUGCACAUGACAAUUUGUAUGUUAUAUUUCGUGUGAUUUAAUUACGAGCUCAACAUAAUCAUCUGCAAGAUAGUUCAAUAGCAUUGGAACAAAAUUUUUCUUUUCAGAAUAUCGGCCUUUUCAGCCACGUAUCACUAUUAUGCGUACUAAGCAAUAAUUUGAUUAUUAUUAUUACUAUUAUUAUUAUAUUAUUAUUAUUAUCGGAAUCUUUGUACAGUUUCCACAUUAUAUGCCAAAUCGCUGUCGUACUGAAUAAUUGUAAUAACUAGAUUGUCAUAAGUUCAUUAAUGUAGGGAGCAAUUUUUAAGAACCGAGACCUUUAGCAAUGUGCCUCUAAAUUAAUAAGCGUUUGUGCAAUAUAAUGAUACGAUAUUGAUACAUCAUUAACGGAAGUGCACUGGCCAUUGCGUACCAUAAGCCUGAAUUCUGACCAUCGAUUUGUUAGCUCAUGAUAUUCCUAAUCGAUCACAGACCCGACAAAUACGACAUUGGCAUUGACAUUGGCACUGGCUGUCAUGUUGAAACUACUCUAUUUUGAAUUUUGUGAUAUAGUUCGAGCGAGGCAUGUGAAAAUUUGCGUCGACGUUUGUAACGAUUUUCCAUGUCGAGAUCGUUUUGAGGAUGUUUUGAAGACUUGUUAUUUCAAGAAGUAUAGUCAACUUUUGAACAGUGCCUUCAGAACUAUAACACGACGGUCUAUUAGAAGUAAAUACUUUCUACUGACGGAUAAUCAUAGACGAACUAGGGACGGAUCAUAUAAAUAACAGAGAGCUUAACAAAGGGCGUGUGUAAAGAACUUUCUUCAAACUUUUUUACAAUUUUUGGGAAUAUCAUUAAUGAUCCCCGUUAUAUUAUAUUUCAAUUUUAUUAAUCACGUAAGAUAUUUCGGCAUCCAUUUCGAUUGCUUUACAUAUAAAUACUUUUUACAUUUUUUGAAUAAAGAACAGAAAAAAAGAUAGGGAGAGAGAAAGAGAGAGAGACAGAGAGAAUGUAAGGGAGAAAGAGAGAAUGUGUGCGCGCCAGAGAAAGAGAGAAAGAGAGAACGUUUGCGCACAAGGGAGAGGGAGAAAGAGAGAGAGAAAGGGAGAAAGAUUGAAGGGAAGAACAUGUGCCCACAAGAAAGAGGGAGAGUGAAGAAGAGAAUAUGUGCUUGCAAGAG